AUGUGCUCUUAUCACGAUCAUCAUACUAUUUCUCUCUCUUUGGACAAACAAGUAGAGGCAAGAUGGACCAAAAAUGGGAAAUACUUGCCUCAACCUCAUCCCCUCAAGGCAUCCUGUGCCCUCUUAUUUGGCAGAAUAAUGGAAACACAUACCACGACAUUCGCAGUUGUCGAACAACUGGUACCCCCACCGAGGAACGACUGCUUGAAAAAAGUAGUCCCGCCACAGCUAGAAACUUGGGCAAUAUCAGAAUGCCCAAGAAGCCUCUUGAUAGAUGCAGCCAAGGAAAAGCGCAGGGAGCCUCUGUCAGGAACAGAAGUUCAGACGGCAGUAUUCAUUAGGUGGCACAGCCAACCUAGCGCAGGUACUACCUCUUUGCCCUUCACAUUCAAUACUAUGAUUUUUAUUGAUUGCAGCAUAUCGCCCAUCGAAAUAUCCAUGGAAUACUCGAGGGGGUCUCUCACAAUGAACCAAGCCUGGGCACAAUUAACAUCACUGGUUCACAUUUUGGAGCAAGUCAUUCUAAGCCCAGAGUUAUCCCUCAAAGAGUUAGACUUUCUGGGCUCGCAUAGUACCAGAUUGAUCCGGCAAUGGAACGAUCCCUAUGCACUUGCACGACCAGGCAUUUGCAUCCAUAACUUGAUCCUGGGACAUUGUCACAGUCGACCGGAUGCCGACGCCGUGUGUGCUUGGGAUGGAUCCGUCACUUAUGCCGAGCUUGAUCAAUUCUCAAGGGCACUCGGGCUCUGUCUGGUCUCCCUUGGCGUUGGCCCAGAGUCAGUAGUGCCGCUCUGCUUUGAAAAGUCGCGGUGGACGGUGAUCGCCAUGCUGGGGGUACUAAGAGCCGGAGGUGCGUUUGUUUUGCUCGACCCGUCACACCCAGUGGCCCGGUUAGGGGAGAUCUGUUCGGAAGUGCAAGCAGAAGUCCUCAUCGUCUCAGAUACAUUACAAGAGCUGGGUAGCCAGUUGGGUCCACAGGUCAUCACGGUCCUGGACACAAUCCACAAUCACGUUCAUACAUCCACAGCUACAUUGAGCGCUCCUGUCAAACCCACCAAUGCUGCCUAUGUGGCCUUUACCUCUGGUUCCACUGGAAAGCCCAAAGGGAUUGUCAUUGAGCAUCAGUGCUUCAGUGCGAAUACCUUGGCUCAGAACGCGGUCCACAAUCUUAAUCAAAACACGCGAGUCUUUCAAUUUGCCUCAUAUGGGUUUGAUAGCAGCAUUUUGGAAACACUCAUGGCCCUGGUGGCGGGUGGUUGUGUCUGUAUACCAUCAGAGCAACAACGGCUGAAUGGCGUGGCAGAUGCCAUCCGCGAGCUGCGGGCUAACUGGCUGGAACUGACCCCAUCCGUCGCGCGAUUUAUCAACCCUGAAGAGGUACCGGAUGUGAGAUCUGUAUUGCUUGUCGGUGAGCCCAUGUCCCAGGACCACAUUACACAAUGGUCAUCAGGGAACGUGCAACUUCUCAACGCGUAUGGGCCCGCCGAGUGUAGCGUGGUAACUACCGUGCAGCCCCACGUACAACUGCACGAUCCACAGAAUAUCGGACGUUCAUACAGCAGUCACAGCUGGAUUGUCAAUCCCCAGGAUCAUGACCAGUUGGAGCCGCUGGGUGCGGUGGGCGAAUUGGUCAUCAGCGGGCCGAUCGUGGCGCGCGGGUAUCUCAACCAGCCUCACCAAACAUCUUUCAUCUCCAACCCCCGUUGGGCCACGCGCUUCGGCAUUCCUCCCACUGAACGCUUCUAUAAAACUGGCGAUCUUGUGCGAUACAAUCUCGAUGACGGGACGCUGCGAUAUGUGGGUCGCAAGGACAGGGAGGUGAAGAUUCACGGGCAGCGUGUCAACCUGCAAGAAAUUGAGCAUCACGCAUCCCAAUUCCAGAAGGGAAUGCUGGCGGCCGCCGAUGUUGUCCAUGUUAAUGGUAGCACAGCGGGGAAACUACUCGCAUUGUUCAUUGCUGUUGCAGAUGCCGACGAAGUUAUCUACAGUUCCCAGCGAAGCCUCGUUCUGCCUUGGGAUGAUGCCCUCCGUGCUUUAGUAGCAGGCCUUCAGGACUGGCUGCGAAAUUCUUUGCCCUCAUAUAUGGUCCCCACAAAAUACAUUUUCAUUGAUCGCUUUCCUUUAACGAGAACAGGAAAGCUCGAUCGACGGGCCUUGGUGGAUCUUGGAGUAUCCACUCACUCGCCUUCAUUGUCAUCUGGACAGGAUCCGUCGAACCGACGUGACAAAGAAGAUGCCACACUCAGCCCGGAGCUUGUCGCCAAGGAGAACUCCUUGCGUGCAGUGUUUUCUGAAGUAUUGGGGUGUCUAGAAACAGACAUCAGCGCAGAAGAUGGUUUUUACGACAUAGGAGGUAAUUCAUUGGCCGCCAUCGAGGUCGUAGCCCGUACACGCAAGCGUGGCUUGGAGCUCACGGUAGCAGAUGUCAUCCGGCUUCAAAAUCCACGCAAAAUCGCCCAACGUACUUCAGAAAGUAGAGGGGUUCGCGAGAUUCUCCCAUUUUCCCUUCUCAACAAUACUGAACAGAGUCUAUCGUCCGCCGCCGCCCAGUGUGGCGUUCAGCGAGGAAUGAUUGAAGACAUGUAUCCUUGCACUCCUUUGCAAGAAGGCCUCAUGCAUCUGUCUACCAAGACCCCCGGCGCUUUCAUGGGCUCGUACCGAUUCUUGUCGGCUCCUUCCGCAAAUCUGGAUCAGAUCCGUGAUGCAUGGGAACAGCUUUGGAUGGCACAUCCGAUUUUGAGGACGCGGAUUAUUCAACUUGGUAGCCAAAUGUUCCAGGUAGUAACCAAGCCUAUGCUGUCCUGCGUGGAAAUUUCAAGCAUGGGUGAUUGUCAACUCAUGGCAUUGGGAACUCCCCUUGCAUAUGUCACAUUCCAUCAUGAAGAGACAUCUCAUGGCGCAGGCAUAUUUCGGCUGGUCAUGCACCACGCGAUUUUUGAUGGAUGGUCUUAUUUGCAGCUGCUCGAGGAUCUCCAGUUAAUUUAUGAUGGGACUGCAUUGCUACCCCGUCCUUGCUUUAACCAUGUGAUUGAAUAUAUCUCUAAAAUGAACCCCGAGGAAGGUCGCUCUUUUUGGGGUCAAGAGUUCACUGAUCUCCAAGCAACCUCUUUCCCAGCCUCCUCCCGGCGGUCAUCAGCGUCGCCUCAAUGGCUAUUCAGGAACAAGAAGAUUACUCUCGCCGAGUCGGAUGUGAAAUGGACACUCGCCAGCAAAAUCAAAUUGGCAUGGGCUCUAGUUAUAUCGUCUCAAACAAACUCUAGUGAUGUCGUGUACGGAUUGACAGUUUCUGGCCGAAACGCUCCUGUUCCAGGGAUCGAGCGUAUCGCUGGUCCAACGUUUGCCACAUUACCUUUCCGCACGCAGCUUGACACCAAAAUCUCAGUGGAAGAGAUGUUACUGCAGCUGCGACAGCACGACAUUUCCAUUAUGCCAUUCGAACACACUGGUCUUAAGUGUAUCGCAGAAUCAAGCUCAGAAGCCGCCUUGGCUUGUGGAUUCCGCAAUCUCCUCACAAUUAGAUUACAAUCGCUUCAGAGCCCUUGUGGUAUCUUGAUCGAUUUGCCGGAGGAAGAGGACCAGGAGCUGAAUUUUGCAUCAUAUCCUCUGUCGAUCCUAGUCCAGCAGCGAGGUACAUUGCUGGAAGUCAAGGCCAUCUUCAAUGGUUUCAUACUGGGCCCUUCUAAGGUCGAGGGACUCUUGGAACAGUUUGAUAUGUUAUUGCAGCAAAUUCUCCAAGAGCCCGAAGCAUUGAUAGGGAAUUUGAGGAGUAAGAUAUCUCCCGAGUGGCAACAGCUGGCAGCCAUAAACAGAAAGAGCUCGACACACCCAGUAUGCCUUCAUGAUGUGAUACAGAAAUUUAGCAUCACUCAACCAGACUCAGAGGCUGUUUGCGCCUGGGAUGGCUCCUUAACAUAUGAACAGCUUGUUACAUUGAGCCGGAGAAUGGCAGUUCAUCUGAAGUCUCUCGGAUCCGGACCUGGUACAGUUAUCGGUAUCUGCGUGGAGCGGUCGAAAUGGUUUCCCGUUUCCAUCCUAGGUGCCCUCAUGUCUGGAGCUGCCAUGGUCUUGUUGGAGCCUAAUUUUCCCCUGCAACGCUUGCAGCACAUUUUGCGGGAUGCCGGUGCGCGAAUGGUGAUCUGCUCUUUGGUGUACCAAGAAAGGUGCACGAGAAUUGUUGAUGAGGUCGUGGCUCUGACUCCCGAUAUCAUGACAGUCGCCAAUGAUAGUGCCUGGGCUCCAUCACCAGUCACUCCUCAGGACCCGAUGUAUGUUGCCUUUACCUCCGGAUCAACUGGUGCGCCAAAGGGUGUUGUGAUAGAACAUGGAAUGGUAUCUUCGAUGCUACAGGCCCAUAAAGACAUCAUCGGUGCAUCAAGUGCUUCCCGAGGCUUGCUUUUCGCCUCCCCGGCCUUCGAUAUUUGCCUUGCUGAAAUUGUACUCAUACUCGGUGCAGGAGGCUGCAUCUGUGUGCCCUCUGAAGGUCAACGCAUGAACAACCUGGCGAAAACGAUGACAACAAUGCAGGUUAAUAUCGCAAUGCUCACGCCCUCUGUGGCGCGCACCCUUUCACCAACAGCAGUCCCCUGUCUGCGAACCCUGGUUCUGGGAGGUGAAGCACCAUCAGCCUCUGAUCUGGCAACAUGGGCUUUGCGAGUCCGGCUGCAUCAGUCAUAUGGGCCGGCGGAAUGUGCUAUGUACACAACCACCACAGGACCGUUGGCUGCUAACUCGGAUUUGGGCAAUGUCGGAUUCUCUCCAAAUGCAUCUUGCUGGAUUGUUAACCCUGACAACCAUGAUGAACUCUUGCCUUUGGGCUCAGUGGGUGAAUUAUUGAUUGGCGGACCUAUUGUUGGAAGAGGUUAUAUCAAGCGACCCCAAGAAACCGCAGUAGCCUUUAUUCGUGAUCCUAUCUGGGGCGAGGAAUUUCCUUCUUUACGUGGACAACUUUACAAGACUGGGGAUCUCGCCACUCUGAACGCAGACGGAUCUUUGAAUUUGAUUGGCCGAAAGGAUACACAGGUCAAGCUCAAUGGUCAGCGGAUUGAGCUGCGCGAGAUCGAGCAUUGUGCCGAGAACUAUCAACAUGGCACCGUGGUAAUUGCGGAACUGAUAAAAACCCGCGGUACCCAGAGACACAGGCUGGUGAUGUUUGUCUAUGAUCCUAAGACGGUGGAAACGACGGUCAGCAUUACGUCUACUCCUAGCGAUGAUCAACAAUUUUUCCUUCCGCCAUCGACAAGGAAUCAAUCCUACCUUGAGGGUGUUAAGCAUCAUCUCAAUCAACACCUUCCGCCAUAUAUGGUGCCUUCCUUUUUCCUCGCACUCUCUCGUCUACCUCUUAGUCCAAGUGGCAAGGCGGACCGCAAGACACUACGCCAGACGGCAUCUGAUCUGGAUCAAGAAUCAUUGGAUAUUUAUCUGAACAAUUCCACUCGAGAGAAGAGGGAGCCAAUCACUGAGCAAGAGCGAUUCGUCCGUUCAAAUUUUGCCACGGCGUUGUCAUUGAAUGAGGACGCCAUUGGCGUAGACGACAGUUUCUUCGCACUGGGAGGCGAUUCCAUCACGGCCAUGCGAGUUCUCACCCUAUGUCGCAGAAGAAAUAUGACCAUCUCCAUGCAGGACUUCCUCUCCCACAACACUGUAUCGUCAUUUUGCACACAUGUCAUUGACAUUCAUGGCCAGCCAGUUGAUGCGAAACGCCAAAAGAUUAUUCCUUCCCAAGGAAAGAUCACAGACGGAGAUGACGUCGUCCAGUUUGAACGCAUUGGCUAUGAGCUUGAAAGGGUGCGAUCGCGGCUGAAUCUACUAGCAUCAGAUUCCAUUGAAGAUAUCUACCCUUGUUCUGAAGCCCACAGUGGGAUAUUGGAACUCUACACUCCUGACUACACGAGCACAGCGAUUUUCGAAAUCCAGUCCAAUAGAUCGGUGACUGCAAUGCAAUUGAGCGAUGCCUGGGGCCGAUUAGUGCAACGACACAUGGCGUUGCGGACCGUUCUCCUCAACGAGCCAAAUAUUCACUCGGGUUAUCUCCAAGUGGUUCUUGACAAGGGACCAACCCAGCCCAUUAUUCUUCCACCAAGCAAGAACGCUCUUUCGGACCUGAAACGGCUCGAACCGCUCCCAUCUUGGGGCUUGUCGCCACCACACCGGUUAAUUAUCGGGCAGGAUCAUUCCGGGGCGGUCUUCAUGAGACUAGAAACGGGCUGUGCACUGAUCGAUGCUUUUUCCAUGUCCAUUCUACUGGAAGAGCUAUCUGUUCUGCUCCAAGGUCGGUCUUUACCAGAACCAGGGAUCACCUAUCGCCAAUACCUGUCCCACCUGCGCGGCCAGCCGACUGCAACAACAACGCAAUACUGGAAACAAGCGCUUUGUGGCGCGGAGCCCUCCCACCUGCCCAAACUCCCGGCCAAGCAAGCUUUGCAAAUAGGUUCCCCUCUCCCGGAACCUCGCUCCCAGACCCGCUGUCUGCCAAUUGCACAAGCCAGGCGCUUAGAUUCUUUCUGGCGCUCUAACAAUAUCACCAUCACCAACCUGUUCCAACUAUCAUGGGCCUUAACUCUCGCCCACUAUACGAAGUCCCGGGAUGUCUGCUUUGGGGCCAUUACCUCCGGGCGCGACACCCCGCAACUAGAAGUAUGGAAUAUCGUCGGGUCAUUGUUUAACAUCCUUCCAUGUCGAAUUUUGCUUGAUCCCAAUCGCACCAUACUGGACUUAUUGCGACACAAUCAGAUGGAGAUCCAGCAUAGAAAUGACCAGCAGAACUGUUCCAUGCCCGACAUAAUCCAAAGAUCAGGAAUCAAAAGCUCAGAAAAAAACCAGCCACUCUUCAACACAGUUUUGACAGUGCAGAAUCCAUUCUCUGCUCAAUCAUCUGCCAAGGAUGGUGUCAAUGAGAUCGAGAUAAAACUCGUUGAGUUAGAAGAUGCCACAGAGUACGACUUUUGCGUGGCUAUUUUCCCUUCCCCCUCGGAAUUCCAGGUGGAACUACGCUACUCGUCAUCGACUGCGUCUGAGGAGUAUGCUUCGGACAUUUUAGAUUGUCUUUUUACCCAACUAGACCAGAUUGUGCAUCAUGCGACCAUGCCAUUGAACGACAUCACCACGACUACAUGA